AACAAAUCGGCAUCCCCGGACACAGCUCGAUAAGAAACAGGUGUGGGGGGGGGGACCCGAACCCAGAUCAGCAUCGGCACCGACUGACAGCACCGACGGAGACAUGGUUUCUCCGGUAUCCGUGGUCAAGAGUGAAGGCCCUAAGCUGGUGCCGUUCUUCAAGGCGACAUGCGUGUACUUUGUCCUGUGGCUGCCCACCUCCAGCCCGUCCUGGUUCAGCGCCCUGAUCAAAUGUCUGCCCAUCUUCUGCCUGUGGGUCUUUCUGCUGGCGCACGGCUUCAGCUUCCUAGGGGCUAACUCCAAUGCCCGCAAGAUCCUGGCCGGCCUCAUCUUCUCCGCUCUGGGUGACGCCUUUCUCAUCUGGCAGGAGCAGGGCUACUUUGAACACGGCCUUCUGAUGUUUGCCAUCACCCACAUCCUCUACUCAUCUGCCUUCGGGAUGAAACCUGUGAACGUGAAUGCCGGCCUGGUGAUCGGCGCUGUGUCCUCUGUGAGCUACGUGCUGCUGUACCCCUACCUGUCCGGCCCCUUCACCUACCUCGUGGCCGUCUACAUCGCCCUGAUCGGCUUCAUGGGCUGGAGGGCCAUCGCCGGCCUGCAGCUGGCCAACGACGUGUGGACCUGGACCAAGCUGUGCGCCUGCCUCGGCGCCGUGCUCUUCAUGGUCUCGGACCUCACCAUAGCCGUCAACAAGUUCUGCUUCCCCGUGCCGCACUCGCGCGCCAUCAUCAUGGCCACGUAUUACGCCGCGCAGAUGCUGAUAUCGCUGUCGGUCGUCGAGUGCCAGGACGUGAAGGUCGCCAGGAAGAGAUCGUGAGGUGCCUCGGUCCCUGGCAGCUGAUCCCCCUCAAGCCAAUGAGUGAUCAUGGACACAUCUCACUGCCGGAUCCCCGACCCUCAGCCCUCAUCUCAGUGUGGCGCUCCCACAUCGCUGUUAUCACCACAACUGGUCCACUACAGCUGUCACAUGGCUUUCACCCUUCUACUCUUCUAGUAUAUUAGUGUCCCGCCGUCUUCUUACUAGAAGAUUGGGUAGUAUAGAUUUCAGCCUCUCCCGACAACAGUCCUACCUGCUUUCACAUACUCUAGAAUCACCGUCUCUCAAAACUAGUUACCACAGAGACAAGUGUAGUUAUAUUAACCUGCUAUAUAUAGUAUUACUUUACUUUUAACUGUUAGGUUUUAAAUUUAAGGGGAGCAUGUCACUGGGGACCUUCACGCUGUGUGAGAGAGUGAUUUUACGUAUGUAUGUGUGUGUGUGUGUUUAUUCAUUUGAUUAACACUUUUACCUCGCUUUCCACACAGCCCUAUCACAACACAAUCAUCUAUCACAUGUGGUCCAAUAAUGCAAUUCAACGAUCUUAUUUUUGUCUUUUGUUUUGAUGCCUGAGACCUUGUUAGAAAGGGAUUUUAUUUUAUUUAACCGUCACUGCCUGUGUUCUGUCUCCGAAGUGUUUCCCUGAAUUAAGGGUGCUAUUCCUAAAGUCUGGCGCAUAUCCACACCUGUUUUAUUAUCUGCUUCUAUUUCCUUAACGAAAGCCACACUGCCUUAGUUCACCCAAUAAUUUGUAUUGUUCUUUUAGGAUGUGCAUGAGAAGAUUGAGAGAGAUUAAAUAGGGCCAUAAACUAGGGGAAGUUUUUCCUGGAAUGCAGCAUUCACUGCGUAUUGUAGCUUUGGUGCAAGUUGGACGAGGUGGAGGAUGUUUGUGGAAGCUCCAUUGUCGUAGAGAGAACCCAGUAAACACCACCGUGGCCAUAGCUGACCACUGAACGCAUUGUACCUGCUUCUCCUCUUAGUGUGAAGUCUUUCAGUUCUUUUGCCCGGGGGCAGUUGUGUCCACACGCCCGACACCUACAGCUCCUGCUGCUUUACCUAUUGGCAAAGUUCGCAGGGUUCUCACCGUGGAACGAGUUCAACCGAGCCAUGUUGUCAUUGGCCCUGGACCAUGUUGUUGAGACUGAAAGGAAAGGGCUACAUUACAGGCCGGGUCCCUGUUUGUUUAUUAAACCUGCGUGUGUGUGUUUCCCAGCGUGCAGUCACUCACUUGGAACCACACACAAACAUGAACGUCGCCUCGGGUUCAGCCUGACAGAAAGAAAAAUACAUUCUUGUCAUGUGAGGGAAUAGUUAUCCCAUUAUUCCUAAUAAUUCUGUCUCACUGACAGCCUGGUUUAUAAUACUUUCUUUCAUCUCUCACAUAUUUCCCCUUUUGUGUAUUCAUUAUUAUUUGAAAACUUACCAUAACUCUUUCUUCAGACGUCUACAUAUUGUUUAUAAUUGUCAUGAAUGUGUGUGUGUGUGUGUGUGUGUGUGUCUGUAACCUUAGUCUUAGCUGCUCAUUGAGCGUCUGUGUGUAUUUUACAACCAGUCAAAAUCAACUCAAGGCCAGAAAUGCUGUGAAGCAUCAUAGCAUCUAUGGAGUACACAAACUACUAGAUAUCAUCAGUGUGUUCUCUUCAUUGUAUUUAAAUAUUGCUCCCUCUUGACCCUGUCCAUCCUAUGAGUAUAUACCACUAUCAGAUUAAUACCAAGUUAAUCAUAUUCCAAGUGCACUGUAGCAAUUUAAAGUAUUACCUACUAACUCAAAAAUGACAAAGUGACAGGAUUUGUUAGCUUGAGUCCAAAUGGACCUAUACACGUUAUAUAUUGUGCUGAAUAUGAAACACACGUGCACGAAAAAAGGAAGCUGAUUUGGUUAUUUGUCAUUUGGUUCCUAUUAUUUGGUUUCUUCUGAAGGGUCAACAACCUCAGAAGCUGUUGCUAACACACCCGCAUAUAUAUGCACACAAAAACAAAACAAAGAUGUAGUUCUUCAGCCACCAUGACCGAUCUGCAGGCAGAUCAGGGCGUUGACAAAACAUCAAGUUUAUUGUCCCAAGCAACGCUUAGUCUGACGGAGAGAGAGCCAGACGUUGUGGUUGGUCUCAUCUGCUGCUUUGCCGCACAGUUCCUCAAUCUCCUCUCGGCCUGUCAGCGCCACAUUUCUGCUUUGUCAGUCAGAGGUGUUGCAUCAGUCCGUCUGUGUGUGACCGCCCGUCUUCUGUUCCGUCUUUUAAUUUGUCCUCCUCAGCACUGCCGCCAAGCAAUUGUGAUAAUUAUAACUUUAUUUGGAAAGCACUUGUCUAAACAAGGUUACAAAGAGCUUCACAAAACUCCAUGGCAAAAAAAAUGUAUGAACUGAUUUCAACUAAUUCCCAAAUUAUAGAGAAACCCAACAGUUCCCUCUAUGAGCAGCACUUUGAAGAGAAGAACUCUCUCCACUACUGCAGCUCUUGCCAGUUUCUCACCUAAUGCACGUCCAUCGGCAGAAAUGAGAUCCGUCAACAUUUAGUGCAGGCCUAUAAAAACCAGGAGGGGAUGAGGAGAUUGAGUAGAGCAGUCGGACUAUGUGGGCAAUUCAUGUGAGCAUUGCUGUCUUUGUCCUUUGCCUCAUAAAGCCCCCCCCCCCCCUCAGAGUUUUGUUCCUGUGGUCCAAUGGCCACGAGCCAGAAGAAAGGCUUAACAUCGAAGUAAUUCUGAGAUUAUUUUUACACAUUGGAAAAUCUCCAUGUUGUAAAGUCCGCUUGCUGUUCCGAGGGCGCUGGAUGAUGAGCUCGUUGAGCCAGACGAUUAUCAUUCCGAGGUGGAGGAUUUGGCUUUUUAAUCUGUUUCUCCUCCAUUGUCUUUUCUAUUCUUAUUUGACUUUGGGCCCAGACGACCGAAGCUGAGGGCCUCAGAGAAAACUGAACUCAUUUCCCUGAGUGGAUCUGUUAGUGUUAGAGCCCUCGCGUGUAUCAGACCAGCUUGUGUCCCGUCUCGUUUGGUGCAGGAGGCUUUGUGUUUUUGCUCUGCCUCUCAGGAAGGAGGUUAUUGUUGAGCGAUACUGUAGCUGGAAUUAGGUGAGGGGGUGAAAUUUGACACAUUGGGGAAGACUCCCUUUCCAUCCGGCCCACGGGCUGCCGUCCUGCCGUCCUGCCCCCCCCCCCCCCCCCCCCCCCCCCACAGAUGGCAGGCCGGCAGUAGCAUCACUUCACCUCAGCUUGUUAACAGCCCCCGUUGUUCUGAGCUUUGUGCACGCAGACAAAAGGAGACCUGAGAGAGCUGCGGGAGGCCGGCACACUGUGGCCGGAGCAGGAAGUGAUGAGCUGGAACCAGUAGUAGAGAGAGCCAGCGGUUUCUCUCGGUCCUCUUAGGAAGUUGGGACUUUUUAAUUUGAUUUAAAGCAACACUAUGUGACUUUUACUGUUAUUUUUAACGUUUCCUUGCUGAAUAUUGGUGAUAAACUGUUUUUUUAAAGACUUCAAAGUCGUUUUGACUGAUCGACAGUUCAGCAUUACGUGUGAACUAGCUGGUCCUGAUUCUGACAAUUUAAGCGGCGACUAUCAGUCACUUCCACACUUCAUGCCCAAAGUCACAUGAGGGAAACAAAGCCUCUCCACUCUCCCUGUCCCAAAUCAGUGAACCAUCAAACUAAUAUUGAAGCUGCUAUUUCAAGGUGGAAAAAAGCUCCUUAGUGUUGCUUUAAAGUUUUCUCUCUGUCUUUGUGAUCUUCAACUUUAAAUCCUUGCUGUUAAUGUGCUGUUUCCACUAUACUGUAGCUAAUGACAUCCAAAAACAUAGAGCUGUUAUGUUUCUACAUCUUUCCUAUGCAUGUCUCAUCUGGAGUGAUGGACUCGUGCACACUGCACACACAGGCGUUUUUACUACCAUGGCUGAUAGUCCUCCAACAUCAGUAUGAGCUCAUGAGAAGUGUGUCGAAUAAUUAUCUUCUCUUUGUGAUAUUACUCUCAAUCUUCUGUGAGUGAGGCCAGUCAAUCUCUCCCAUAAACUAUAGCAGCUAGUAUGAUUGUUAAGUACUGUAUUCUUUCAAGUAUUCACCCAUCUCUCCUUUAUUCUGUCUUCAAGAGGUAAAAUAGACAAGACAUUUAAAAGUGACUCAUUAAAGCAUGUGAGACUCAGCGUUUUUCUUUAAAAGGCAUUAAUUGCUGUUUAAGUGUUACAAGAAGAAGUGUUAUCAUUUUAUUUGAAGAAAAAAGGCCCAUGUGUUUUUUUUAGCCCGUCACUGUGAGAAAAGCUUUUGAUUGAAGUCCCAUUAAAAUGCAUCAUUCCAAUUCAUUUCAUGAAAAAUAGAAGAUUGAAUUCUCUGAUGUAUUUUUCCUUGUCCUCGAUUUUCACCCUGUGUUUUUUUCUUCUUUAAUGAUCAUAGAGAUAAAAUACUCUCUUUGCUGUAGUGAAACUGCUCUGAAAGUGAAUAUCUAUUGGAGAAAUAAAAGCAAUUUGCAAUGCAACUUCA